UGCCAUUGAGAGGGAGAGCCAAGAUGGCGUCGCCGAGGAGCCGUUGGCUGUGGCGCUGCUGCGCCUUUUUCGGACGGAACUUUCCGCUCUUCUCCAAUGUGAGGACACAGUGCGUACCUGGAUUGAGGGCACCGUGGAAGAAAAUGGCCACUCUGGGAUUUGGAAUGACCUUGGCUGCUAUUCCUAUUGCACAGAAACACGAUCCGGGUUCUCUAAGCAAUGAAGCCUUGAUCCGAAGAGCGGUCUCUUUAGUAACUGACAGCACCGGGAUCCUCCUUUCUCAAACCACUUACGCAUUAAUUGAUGCUCUAACGGAAUAUACAACGGCAGUUUACACACUGGUGUCCCUGUACCAGAAAUACACGCAUCUCCUGGGGAAAAUGAAUUCCAAAGAAGAGGAUGCGGUUUGGCAAGUGAUCAUCGGGGCCCGAGUGGAGAUGACGACAAAACAGCAGGAAUAUCUCAAAUUAGAAUCCGGGUGGAUGACAGCCCUGCGACUUUCAGAGAUGGCCGCAGAAGCAGCAUAUCAGUCAGGGGCUGACCAGGCCUUGGUGUCAACCCACAACCACAUCCAGCUAGUGAAGACCCAAGUCCAAGAAGCGCGGCAGCUGUCCCAGAAGGCCGAAACCAAGCUGGCUGAGGCGCAGACGGAGGAGCUCCUGAAGCUGAAGGAAGAGGACCCGUUGCUACCGACCUCUCAGCAGGCCGUCAGAGAAGAGACAGAGGAAGCCUACCUUCGUGAAGAUUGAGGAUUGCUACCCUGGACACGAUCCUGCUUGGUGGGAAGGGAUGGCACACAAGUGGAGGAAUAGGUGCCGCUCCGUCUCUCUGGCUUCCCCAGCCUGGUUGGCCCUCGGCUUUGAGCUGUGGGUGUUCUGUUGCCUGUGUGUUUAAAUUCACAGCUAUGCAAAUGCGAAGUAAUCCUACAAAGGGGUGAUUUUUCUGGCGCCGGAGGGCUGAUUUGAGAUGAUCCCUCCUCCGCCAGAAUCUAUAGAGAUAAUCGCACAUUGUAAUCACUAAGGGCUGUGUCUUGUGUUGCUGUUUUUUGUUUUUUUUAAAAAAAGCGAAAGGCGGUGGUGUUGUGAAGGUCAAAUGCUCUACCUGAAAUUUCAAACAUUAGUUGUGGAAAAUUUAACAGUUUGGAGGCUAAAAUGUCAUUUUUGUGUUGUUGUUUUUCUACCGAUGUACUUGGGAUCAUUCUCCCUGAGCCAAUUUUUAAAA